AAGAACCGGAGCUCUCAGCCCGCCUGUCAGCCCGGUAUGUCGGCCGUGUGCGCGCCCAGCAUCCGCCGCCUCCUCCAGGUCGUCUCUCCCGGGGUGACCGCCGCCAUGCUCCGCAGCUACAGCCUGGACGUGUCCGCUCCGCUGCUCCGGACGCAGGGCUACGUGGACGGCCGCUGGGUGUCCGCAGCCUCGGUGUUCCCCGUCCUGGACCCGGCCACCGGGCAGGAGAUCGCCCGGGUGGCGGACUGCGGCGCGGCGGAGGCCAAGCAGGCGGUGGACGCCGCGUACAAGGCGUUCCAGUCCUGGAAGCGCUCCACGGCCAAGGAGCGCAGCAUCCUGCUCAGGAAGUGGUUUGACCUCCUGACCCUGCACAAAGAAGACCUGGCCAGGCUGAUCACCUUCGAAUCGGGGAAACCCCUGAAGGAGUCUCUGGCUGAGGUCACCUACUCCGCCUCCUUCCUGGAGUGGUUCUCCGAGGAGGCCCGGCGGGUUUACGGAGACAUCGUCCCGUCUCCCCUCAGAGACCGAAGGAUCUUCCUGCUGAAGCAGCCGGUGGGCGUGGCCUCCAUCAUCACCCCGUGGAACUUCCCCAGCGCCAUGAUCACCAGGAAGGUGGGAGCCGCUCUGGCCGCCGGCUGCACGGUGGUGGUGAAACCGGCCGAGGACACGCCGCUGUCCGCGCUCGCUCUGGCAGAGCUGGCGGAGCAGGCCGGCAUCCCGGCGGGGGUCUUUAACGUUGUCCCCUGCUCCAGAGAGGAGACUCCGGCGGUGGGUCAGGUCCUCUGCACCGACCCCCUGGUGGCCAAAAUCUCCUUCACCGGCUCCACCGCCACCGGGAAGGUGUUGCUAAAAAUGGCCGCUGACACAGUGAAGAAGGUUUCCAUGGAGCUGGGAGGCCACGCCCCCUUUAUCGUGUUUGACAGUGCCGAUGUGGACCGGGCGGUCAGCGGAGCCAUGGCGUCCAAGUUCAGGAACUCUGGACAGACCUGCGUGUGCUCGAACCGCUUCCUGGUCCAGAGCGGGAUCUACGACCGCUUCGUGGAAAAACUGGGACGAGCGAUGGACGCCGAGCUCCGCAUGGGCCACGGCUCGGACCCCCAAACCACCCAGGGGCCGCUCAUCAACCAGCGCGCCGCAGACAAGGUUGAGCAGCAGGUGUCGGACGCCGUGUCCCGGGGAGCCUCGGUUCUGCGGGGCGGGAAGCGUCUCCACGGCUCCUUCAUGGAACCGACGCUGCUGGUGGACGUCAGCACCGACAUGCUGUGUACGAAGGAGGAGACGUUCGGCCCGCUGGUUCCCGUCCUCAGAUUCAGCACCGAGGAGGAAGCUCUGGCCAUAGCGAACGCUUCCAACGUGGGGCUGGCAGGUUACGUCUACUCGCAGGACGUGAGUCAGAUCUGGCGCGUGUCGGAGCGGCUGGAGGUGGGGAUCGUCGGGGUGAACGAGGGCCUGCUCUCCACCCCCGAGGCCUCCUUCGGGGGGGUCAAGGAGUCCGGUCUGGGCUCCGAGGGCUCCAGGUACGGCAUCAACGAGUACCUGGAGCUCAAAUACAUGUGCUUAGGAAACCUGGAGCCGUAAGCCACGGCCAACGCCGCAGACACAGGAAGUGUCUUCAGAUCGCACGCUGAUCAGCUGAUGAGUUCCUGAAGAACUCAAACUAAUGAAAUUAUUUUGUUUACGGUUUGAAACUGACUGGAGUUUGUAGUUUUCUGUCUUCAGUGGAAGAAACGUUCAGAUUCUUGGUUUUCUCCACAAACUGCUUCAAGCGGCACGAAUCCCUUCAGUCUGUUUCAGAAAUGAGAUUUCUAACAAGUUUGAACGCUGACCUGAAAUGUUUUUCAUCUUCCUGGAUUUAACUUUUUGAGAUGACCUUUUCUUUCAUU